AUGCUCUUAUCCGGAGAGUUGACGCAGGAGAAGCAGCAUGAACUCACUCCGAGGGAAAAGUUGGACAAAUGGAUGAUUAACGAAGGAUACCGGAAAGUCUUCGUCUUCGUCUUCGCCCUGGCGCACGCCCUCAUCUUCUCCUUCGGAUGCGUCCACUACUCGAUGAAGGAGUCGCUCAAGACGUCGAAUCAGCGAUUCCCCGUGACCUUCGUGGCCGCGCGUUCGUCGGCGCUGGUCCUCCACGUGGACGUCGGCAUCGUGCUCCUGCCCGUGUGCCGCACGCUCAUCUCUCUCCUGCGCCAGACGCCGCUCAACGGCGUGAUCCAGUUCGACAAGAACAUCACGUUCCACAAGACGACGGCCUGGUCCAUCGUCUUCUUCACCUGGGUGCACACGAUCGCGCACUGGAUCAACUUCGCGCAGGUGUCCCGCCAGUUCGGGCUGGGCGUCUACGGCUGGCUCCUGGCCAACUUCGCGUCGGGCCCCGGCUGGACCGGGUACGUGAUGCUGGUGGCGCUCAUGGGCAUGGUCCUGACGUCGGUGGAGAAGACGAGGCGGGCCAACUACGAGCGGUUCUGGUACACGCACCACCUCUUCAUCGUCUUCUUCGUCUUCUGGGCCAUCCACGGCGCCUUCUGCAUGAUCCAGCCCGACGUCGCGCCCUUCUGCGUCUCCAUCGGCUCGUCGGCCAUCGGCGUCUUCUGGCAGUACUGGACCUACGGCGGCUUCAUCUACCUGGCCGAGCGCAUCGCCCGCGAGGUCCGCGGCCGCCACAAGACGUACAUCUCAAAGGUCAUCCAGCACCCCAGCAACGUCUGCGAGAUCCAGAUCAAGAAGGAGAACACCAAGACCCGGGCCGGCCAGUACAUCUUCCUCUGCUGCCCGGCCGUCUCGCUCUGGCAGUACCACCCCUUCACCCUCACCAGCGCCCCCGAGGAGGACUACAUCUCGAUCCACAUGCGCUGCGUCGGCGACUUCACGAAGGAGGUCAGCAAGGCCCUCGGCUGCGACUGGGACAGCAAGGCCGGCGGCGCCAGCAAGGUCGUCGGCGUCGACGGCGACGGCGACGCCGCCGUCGACCCGGCCAUCCGCCGCGUCCUGCCCCGCGUCUACGUCGACGGCCCGUUCGGCUCCGCCUCGGAGGACGUCUUCAAGUACGAGGUGGCCGUCCUGGUCGGCGCCGGCAUCGGCGUCACCCCCUUCGCCUCCAUCCUCAAGAGCAUCUGGUACCGCCUCAACUACCCGGGCGCCCGCACCAGGCUCCGCAAGGUCUACUUCUUCUGGAUCUGCCGCGACUUCAGCUCCCUCGAGUGGUUCCGCUCCCUGCUCAUGGCCGUCGAGGCCCAGGAUGUCGACCACCGCAUCGAGAUCCACGCCUACCUCACCGCCAAGAUCAAGGCCGACGACGCCACCAACAUCAUGAUCAACGGCGCCGACGCCGACAAGGACGCCAUCACCGGCCUGCGCAGCCCAACCAACUUUGGCAGGCCCAACUGGGACAUGAUCUUUAGGGGUAUCAGGAAGAUCCACGCCCCCGCCGAGGCCGGCAUAUAUGGAUAA